CCUUCCCACCUCAGAAGAUCAUCUGAAUCACAUCUAUAGCUAGGCUUCUUGGUAUCUUCCAUUAACCACAAAUGGCCUUGGAAAUGGUGGAAUUCAGUGUGGUUCUGACAAAACUGAAAUCACUCUUUGAUAAAUCUGGAGGAUUAAUUCUGUUCAAAUCAUUGUUAAUUACAGGAUUAUCUUUCUACUUGUUCUACAUCUUCUUUGCCAACCAAUCUCCAGAGCUCUCGACUUCACUACGCUAUGGCUGGGAUUCAUAUGCUCACCAUAGUUUUUCCAAUGCUGCUGCUGCUACUAACAUUAGCCAGAUUGUGUUUGGGGUAUCAAGUAGUAUCAAUACAUGGAGAAACAGGAGACAUUAUAUUGAAGAAUGGUGGCAGCCCAACAUAACCAGGGGAUUUGUAUGGUUAGAUAGAAUUCCAUCAGGGUUCUUCCCAUGGUCUCCAUCUUCUCCACCUUACCGUGUUUCCGCCGACAUCACCGGAGCUUUCAAAAAUUACAACAAACAUGGGAUGUCGCAAGCAAUUCGAAUGACCCGUGUGAUCUUGGAGACAUUUAGGGAGUCUAAUGAAAGUGUUAGAUGGUUUGUGCUAACUGAUGAUGACACAGUACUUCUUGUGGACAAUCUAGUGGAGGUUCUUGCUCGGUAUGAUCACAACAAGUAUUACUAUAUUGGGGGAAACUCAGAAUCCAUUUCAGCAAACGAUCUGAACUCAUUUGAAAUGGCAUUUGGUGGAGCUGGUUGUGCUUUGAGUUUCCCACUUGCAAAGGGUUUAGUCAUCCACUUAGAUGAGUGUAUCAAGAGAUACCCCACCUUGUAUGGCAGUGAUCAUAUCUUACAGUCCUGUAUCAUUGAGUUUGGUGUUUCACUCACUCAGGAAAGAGGAUUUCAUCAGAUUGAUCUGCACAGAGACAUAUGGGGUUUCUUAUCGGCCCACCCACAAGCUCCCCUGAUCUCCUUCCACCACAUUGAUGUAGUUGAACCCAUCUUCCCAUCCAUGGAUCGCCAUCAAUCUCUCAAACACCUUAUGAAAGCUGCAAAAGUUGAUUCAUCUCGUCUCUUACAACAAACCAUCUGUUACCACAAGAAGAGUAACUGGUCUUUCUCCAUUUCAUGGGGUUACUCUGCUCAAAUCUAUGAGAAGAUUCACCCCCCAAAUUUUCUUCAGAGACCACUUCAGACAUUCUUACCUUGGUCUAACCGGGCUAGACCUGGUUUCAUGUUUAACACAAGACCACUGUCCAGAGACCCUUGUGAAGCUCCUCAUGUCUUCUUCUUUGGGUCUGUAGAAAGAGAGAACAGAACCCAAGUCAUUACCAGUUACAUUCGGAGAUGGCCACGUAAUCUACCAACUUGUUUGUCUAGUGGGAAUCACUCUGCCGACUCCAUCUCAGAGAUUCGGGUCUUCUCUCCUUUGAAAAGGCUUAAUAAUUGGGUUGGAAGGAGGGAAUGCUGUGAUAUUGUGCGGUUUCUUGACUUGACUGUCACAGAGGUCAGAGUUAGGGGCUGCAGGAAUGAUGAAGUGGUGGCAUAGAUAGAUAUGGGCUUUUGAUC